AAAAGGUCGAGCGCCGUUCUCGACCGUGAGGUCGCCACGCUGUUAUCAUGGGGCGAGCAGACAUCCAAUCUUUGGAGAGAACAAAUGUCGGACGAUUCAAUUCGCCUGAAGGCCAUUAACCACAUUACCUACAACGUGAAGGACAAAGACAAGGCGCUGGUCUGGUACGAGGAAAUCCUGGGAUUGAAGCAGAUACCCAAGAUGGUGGACAGCGAUCACCUGUACUGGCUGCAACUUCCCAGCGGGGCAAUGGUCCACAUCAUCGAGAACCCCGACGCUCCAUCGGCCCCGUCGCACCAUACCGCAUUCGAGGUGGACGACAUCGCCCGUGCCAGGGACUCGAUCAUGGCGAAGGGCGUCGAGGUCACCGACAUCCAGACCCGGCACGACGGCCAGCAGGCCUGCUACCUGAACGACCUGGACGGCAAUCGCAUCGAGAUUUGCACCAAUCGGGCUUCGGAGUGCUGGUCUAGGCGUCGGCUAACCUCU